AUGGCGAGAGGACGCGAUGACCGGGCCACACGACACCGUGACGACGCCGAAUAUUUGGACGACAAAGAACGGAGGCACCGGCGCCGACACAAGUCCCGCGAGCACGACGACGAACCCACAGCUUCCACACGAGAACGAAGAGAGCGCCGACGCGCAGACGAGGCGAGAAGGCAGGCCGAGGUGGACAUUGAGGAUUUGAGGGCGCGCAGAGAAUCCUACUACUCACGCAACGAGGCCGAGAGAAGGCGCGACCGAGACCGCACGGCACAGGACAGCAGACGAGCACCCGUCAAGGAAAAGUCACGAAGCAGUCGUGAGAAGGAAGUCCGACGAGAUAGCACGCGGAAGCCAAAGAGGCGAGAAGUGAUACCCGAUGACCGCAGCGACGACUUUGUCUUUGGCCGCCCCAAGUCCAUGGGCCAUGUCGAAGAAGUCACUGUGCGACGAUCGUCUGCGCGCAAGAGAAGCGAGGAAGGCGGUUCUUCUAGCAGGACUGCCUACACUCCGCAUUCAGGUUCUGGAUCUGCGUCAGUCCGCAGGGUCGAAGUCCCGCCAUUGACCAGGUUAGACCCGUCUCCACUUGUACACGUAGCUCGACUAAUGAGGGCCAGGAAUUCUUCUACACGCGAGCCAAAAGCACAUACACGUGAUGCGCCUGUUAGAGAGGCCAGACCGUCUGUACGACGGAGCAACACUGUCAAGUCGCCGCCCCCUACGCCGCUCACCAGGACGCAGUCAGUCAAGGAUGCUGCCCGUCGGAGUACCGGGGGCCUUCUGUCAAGCUUCUUCUCCAAACCUACUCCCAUCUCACGAUCAUCUUCCCGCAAGGAUCGGGACGAGGAGAAGAGGGUCGACUGUCUCGUGUGCAUGAACGAUGACCUUCCUCUCAGCAAGACCGUCAAGCUUGCAUGUGGUCAUCGUAUGUGUUACGGAUGUCUCAAACGCCAAUUCACCCUCUCGGUCAAGGAUCCUGCCCACAUGCCACCACGAUGCUGCACAUCAGAGCACAUCCCCUUGAAGUAUGCCGAGCGACUCUUCGAUGACAAGUUCAAGGUUCAAUGGAACAAGAAGUUUCAAGAGUACACGACUGCCAACCGCCUGUAUUGUCCCACCAAAGGAUGUGGCCAGUGGAUCAAGCCGUCGAAGAUCAAGAUGGACCCGACAUACGGUCGCAACAAGUUCCACACGAAGCGAGAAUGUCCCAAGGAUGAGGAAACCAACCGCCUAGUUGAGAUGGCCAAGGAGAAGGGCUGGCAACGAUGCUACAGCUGCAAGGCUGUAGUUGAGCUAAAAGAAGGUUGCAAUCACAUGACCUGCCGCUGCACAGCACAAUUCUGCAUGGUCUGCGCCGCCCCCUGGAAAACCUGCAACUGCCCAUGGUUCAACUACCAACACAUCCCCGACGACGACCGCCUGAACGACAUGCGCGUCCCUUACCCCCAACAAGCACGCUACGCCGACGUCGAAGUCAUCGAAAUCGCCGAAGAACCUUCUCCACCCCUGGCCCGCCGCUCCAGCGUCCGCGCUCCCAACAACCGCAGCGAACGAGACCUCCCCCGACCCGACUCCCGCCGCCUAUCUGCUCACCUCCGAAACUCCCUCCACAUCAACCCCACGCCUACUGUCUCUUCCGUUCGCCGCACCGAACCCGAAGCUCAAAUGUACGGUGUCGGCAACGCAGCGGGCCACCACAUGAACGACUCCUACUCCAUCCGCUCCCCCGUAUCUGCUGCUCGCACAGCAGCCCGUACGUCAACACCCCGCGGUUCCUUCUUCACUAGCACGCGCCGUGCUGCUCCCGCGCCUGCGCCUGUUCCUGUUGCUCGUCCUGUUCGUCCUGCUCCCCCUCAGCAGGUGGUUACCUCGUCUACCAUGGCUGGUCUAUCAAGGGACGGCCGUAAAGUCGGUCAGAACCGUGUGGGCACUUGGCUCACUCAUGUCCAAAUCGAUCCUGAAGCUACCAAUACGGCGGCGAGGGACGUCGAAGUGGAUGAAUGGAGGUGCGAUGGUACUAUGAUUGGUAUCGACUAA